GGCAUUCGCAGUUCGGCUGCCAGUUGAUGAGUCCAUGUACACUGGAAACAGUCCGCGGGACUGUCAUCUCCCUUCCAUUUCAAGAGUGACCUGCGACAGAGAGCUGGAGAAGGUUCCAGAGGAAAGAGGCGCUGGCAUGACCAAGGUGGAGAGGAGAUACAGUGCUAAACAGAAUGAUUUUCUGGAAUCUAAGGAAUGCUUUGCCAACACAGCAUCCUCUGGCAGGAGGGUCAGCCCCUCAUCUUCUGUAGAAGAAGGUCUAAGUGUCAGUGAGCCUCCAGGCCUCCCCAGAAUGUCUGCUCACCUGGACAUUGCUGCAGAUUUGGAUCAGAAAUCCUCCUCCUCACAUUCUGAUCACUCAUCUGAAACCUCAGUGCCUGAAGUCCGAAAGGAUAAAUAUCCUAAGGAAUUCAGCCUGCUUAAGUUGCAGACAAAAGAUGGGCAGCGUCCUGAGUGGACGUUUUACCCAAGGUUUAGCAGCAAUAUCCACACCUACCAUGUUGGAAAGCAGUGCUUCUUUAAUGGGGUCUUCCUCGGCAACAGGAGGUCUCUAUCAGAAAGGACGGUGGACAAGUGCUUAGGGAGGAAGAAAUACGAUAUUGAUCCCAGGAAUGGAAUCCCAAAGUUAACUCCAGGGGAUAAUCCGUACAUGUAUCCAGAACAGAGUAAAGGCUUCCACAAGGCAGGAUCAACUCUCCCACCUGUGAAUUUUUCAAUAACGCCUUAUGAAAAGAAAUUUGAUACAUUUAUUCCACUUGAGCCUCUUCCACAAAUUCCAAACUUGCCUUUUUGGGUGAAGGAGAAGGCCAACAAUUUGAAGAAUGAGAUAAGAGAAGUUGAGGAGCUUGACGAUUGGCAGCCAGCGGCACCCUUAAUGCACAUUUUAUUCCCUUCUGGUACUUUGGACUUUCCAAGACAAUCCUGAGCAGAAACAGGCCCAUAGGGCAUGCAUUGGCUGCACUCUGGCAAGCUGCUUCCAGUUGAUGGUUUUUCACAGUGUGACUGUGCUAAAUCAAAUGUUUAACUCU